AUGCUUGCAUAUAAUCCAGCGCACCGAGCUACUGCGUGGAUCUGUUUACAGCACCCUUGGAUAACUGGCGACCACGAUCCAAGGCUUGAGGUCUGGGAUCCCAAUUUAGUGUCGCUCCCUCUUGUAUGUGCUCCUGAAGGCCCUAUUAACGAAGAUCAGCAAACCAUAAUGCAACACAUGCUAAAUAAACGCCUGCCUCAAUCGAUUCCCCGUCACUUGGCAUAUCCUUGGCCUGUGAGUUUUAUCAUCAAUCUACUAUGA